AUGUGACAACAGUAAGCAAAUUGUUUUGCUUGUUAAACCAUAUGGUCCAGUAUUAAAAUUGUAAUAAUUUUACAUUAACAAACCAUAUUUCGUACAAAUUCAUUUCGCGCCGACCUUACAUUGUAUUAAUUGUUGAGUGUUUCCUUCAAAACUGAAAAAUCAUCGUGAGGAUGGCAGAUUGGGAAGAAAUCAAGCGUUUGGCGGCGGAUUUUCAAAAAGUGCAACUGAGUUCCACGUCACAAAAACUGUCUGAGCGCAACUGCAUAGAAAUAAUCAACUACUUGAAAGAAAAGAAAAUAAUCGAUUUAAUUUUCACCGUCGACGGUAAAGAAUUCCUGACCCCUUCCCACCUCAUCCAAGACAUCAAAAACGAGCUGUUCGUCAGCGGCGGCCGCAUAAAUCUAGUCGAACUAGCAAAAAACAUCGGCGUUGACUUGGCCCACAUAACAGCCCACCUUAAAGACGUCCUCAAGGGCCAAAAGGACCUCCACUCCAUCCUAGGCCAACUGAUCGACUCCUCGUACAUCACUAAAAUCGCAGGCGAAAUUAACGAGAAGCUCGCACAACAAGGCCAAAUCAGCAUCAGUGAUCUAACAAUUCAGUAUGACCUCAGUGCCGAAUUUCUCCAACAGCAAGUUGUGGAGAAACAUUUGGGCAAAAUCAUUCACGGCAAACAGGACACCAACGACCCCAGAGUCAUUUUCACCGAAUCGUUCAUCGCCAGAUGCAAAGCCAAGAUCAGGGGGGCUCUGUGUGGCUUGACCAGACCUACGCCGGUUGCCUCAAUCCUGAACCAAAUUAGUUUGAGCGAAAAGCUGUUUUUCUCGCUUUUUGACCAGACUUCCAUGCACGGCGCCCUCACCAGCAGGGUCGUGGGGGCCCAGUACAUCCCCAACGUCUACGCCAGGUCACAGAACGAAUGGGUCAACAACUUUUAUAAGCAAAACGAUUAUCUGGAGUAUGAUGCGUUGGCAAGGCUCGGAAUCUCGGAUUACAAGUCGUUCAUCAAAAAGCAACUGUCGUCUGAAGACUUGGUUUUUCUCAAUUCUUGCGCUGCUUCCAAACGUGUGUUAGAGCGGGCGGAGGCUGAUAUUGAUGAAUGUAUCUCUAGCAAGUCUUAUCUCGACUUACAAUCGAACCUCCCGUCCGUUUUUAAUGACAAAGAUAUUAGACUAAUCCUCGAUACAGUUUUGACGAAACAAAAGCAACAACAAACUAUAGUAAUCGAGAAUUUUAUUUUGAGCAAAGCUUUUAUCGAAAAUUUGUCGAAAAACUUCGACGAACUCGUAAAAGAGAAGGCUAAAGCCGUUGUGGAGUCUGGUAAAUACCAGCAGUACCAGACCGAUAUUCAAAUUUCGUCAAGUAAGCCGCAGAAGUUUGAAGAAGUGGAUGAGAAGGUUGAUAAGAGGGAAGAAAGGCGGAAGAAGGCGGCUGGGGGUAAAAGCGGGGGUGGGACGCAGGGGCGCGAGACUAAGACCAAGUCUACCAAGAAGGCCAAGAAGCACGUGGAGGAGGAGUUCGAGACGGUUGAGCGGAGACAACAGCUGCAGGUCGUGUUGAGUGAGGAUAUUGCAGAUUUGAUUCAGAAGGAGCUGGAAGAGGACGGUUUGGACGAAUUAAGUGAGCCUCUAACUCAGUAUUUGUUGCCACAAUUGAAUGAGAAAGGAUUGGAGAUUGCGGGAGAAAUUUACGCGGCGACUAUCGCCGACAGGACGGCAAACCGCAGACAAACGCAUAACGAGCUCCAAAAUAAAUUGAACGCGCUAAUCGGAGACGUGCGACUCUUCGAGAAAGGUCUGAAACUGCUGCCCGAGGAAUUGCAAGGCCAGUUGGUCAAAUAUCUCCUCAAGACGCUCUGCACCGAUAUUACCACGGAAAUCUUGAAUUACGUGGCCGCUGAACAAAAUCUCAACACUCAAACUGAUAAUUUCACCAAUGAGCAGCGAUUAAAGUUCGUUAACGAGUUACCACCCGACUUGAAAAAGUCACUUUUGCCCCUCAUUAAGUCGCUAAGCGGGCAAAGUAUCGACGAGUUCAUGGCUGCCGUGGAGGAAAGUCUCAGCGUAUGCAGUAUGAUUAUCAAGAAAAUCGAUAAAAAGAAAGACAGGACGAUAGUUUUGAACCAUAAGCAUGUUUUGUUAGAACAGUUGAAUAAAUGCGACGAUUUGGCGCUUGUUUUGCAUUUGACGACUUUAAUUAUUUUCACGACGGCCACUCAAUGCAUGCUCCAUGCCAGUGGUAGACACGUGGCAGCGAUUUUAAGUUUUUUGAAACAAUAUUUAACCGACGGACAAGUCGCCGAAUUGACGUCCUAUCACGAUUUUGUCACAUUGAUGCUAAGUGGGGGGAGCGAAGCCGAAAGUGCGAAAGAAAAACUCAAAGAGAAGAUACAAACGGUCAAAAAUAUCGCCAAUGAGUUCAAAAAACCCGGCGCUGAGAAGAGUUAAUGCUUGCGAAAACAUGUACAUAAGUUACUUGUAAUAUAUGCAAAUAAACGUUUAUUUAAAAUUGAA